UCUUCUAGUCUCUUUGACCACAAACAGGAUGAUGACACAUGCCAUGGCCCUCCUCAGCAUGUCCUGGAUGCUGCUUUCCUGCCUGAUGCUCUUAUCUUGUCCUGUCCAAGGUGAUGCUUUACCAAAGGAAAUGCCAUCUCUACGGAGCAGCUGUCCUAAAGGCUCUGCAGCCUAUUUCUCUCACUGCUAUGCCUUGUAUUUGACACCCAAAUCCUGGAUGGAUGCACAUAUGGAUUGUCAGAAGCGGCCUUCAGGACACCUAGUGUCUGUGCUCAGUGGAUCUGAGGCAUCCUUCGUGGCUUCUCUGAUCAAGAACACUUUUACUACCUCCAGUUACAUUUGGAUUGGGCUUCAUGACCCUACAGAGCGACCCAACGGCAAUGGAUGGGAGUGGAGCAGCAAUGAUGUACUGAACUACCGUGCCUGGGAGAGAAAUCCUCCAACCAGUCCAAACACUGGCUUCUGUGCAAGUGUGACAAGUAGCUCAGGUUUUAAGAAAUGGAAAGAUUAUGACUGUGAUUCUUCAUUACCCUAUGUCUGCAAAUUCAAAGGCUAGGUCAUCAGGCUUAAUGGGAAAUCCAGUUUAUCAUGGACAUGAAACUAAUCUGACAACCUGGUCAAGAAAAUCCUCCUCUCCAGACACUCAACUUCAUCACUUUGUUUGAUCUUCCUUCUUCCCCAGCUCCAUUUCAGCCUUUUAAUGUGUUC